AUUUCCUUCUCGCGAAGACGAGGGGUUGAGGUCCACCGUUACCUCCUUGGGUCUUGCCCCAGUGCCAUGGCGCAACAAGCGAUACGCGAGAAGAUCUUCAAGGUACGAUGCUGAUCUCUGCUGCCUCCUUCACACACACACACACACACACACACACACAAGAAUGGAUGAGUGUUCUGUGUGUCUGUGUGUAUCUGCAGGUGCUGCAGCGAGGCGCACUGCUGUGCAGAAAACGAAACAGUUUCGAUCAGGUUCGAGUGCAGCGUGUUUGUGAUCUGACGUGAGCCGUUCUCUCCUAUCUGGCUGUGUUGGUCGGUGUGGUGUGUGCAGCUGGUGGUGCCCGCCCUAUCGUUAGUCGACGUGUCUGAGGAUACCAUGAGGGCCAAAUUCUCACUCGAAGUCACACAGGUGCGCACGGCGGCCAACGCACACCAUGGUCACGACUGCCGACCUGAGUAAGUGUGUGGUAUGUGUGUUGUGAGGGUGCAGGAGAUGUGUCAUUGGGAGGGCGUCAUGCACUCGGGAAUGAUAUCAACACUCAUCGGUAGGUGCGCUUUGUAGACAGACUUGAUGGAUGACUGCUGUAGGCGCCGCCCACAUGACAUGUCGUGUGUGAUGUGUGUGCAGGCAACGCGACGGCGCUGCACGGAGGGUGCUGUGACAAGGACGAGCGGGCGGUGACGUCGACCGAUCUCAACCUUUCAUUCAUCAACAUCGCUGGCAUCGGCGAAAUUGUCCAGGUGACUGACGAGCCUCUCACCUUCAUCAGGGAGCAUACCACCGUGUCAUGAGUGUGCGCGCGUGUAGAUUGAGAGUCAUUUGCUCAAGUUGGGCCAGCGUGCGUGUUUGGCCGAGGCGCACGUCACCAGCAAAGAUGGCGCAAAGGUCGUCGCGGCGGGAAGACACACCAUGUAUGUCUAUGGCAAGGCACCCCAACACAACACAACACCCGCCCACAGAACGCCGUGUGUCUGGCUUCUGUAUGUCUGUCUGUCUGUCUGCCUGCGUGUCCGUGUGAAACAGGAUAUUCACAGGCGCCAAGGGCAGUGGUGUGGCUCUGAGCGAGCACGAGACCCACAGAGGGCUCGACUACCUCUGAUCCAUCCAUUCCAUGGAUGGAUGGAUGGACGGAUGGAUGGAUGUGCAGCGAAUGAGCGACUGACUUGUGACAUACUUAGUGGGUGGGAGCGUACAUGUGUCUGUCUGUGUGUCUGUCUGUACACACCUAACGACCUGCUCAUUUUUCGCCGUCUGUCUGUACGUUUGCUGGCCUGACCUUGGCUGAUGGAUGGAUGGAUGGAUCGAUG